UUUAACGAUAUAAUAUAGUUGACGAUACUUACAAUAUUACAUAUAGUUAUAUUUACUCAGUCGAUACAGACUUCUUAUCAUUAAGAGGUUGAGCUGUUUUUUUUCGUUCAUGUGCUCGCGCAUACAUUUGUAAAAAAAGUAGCGGCUUUACACUGGUGUUUGUAAUCGUAAUUAUAUUUUGAAUCAUAUAAAAUAACCAACACCAUUCGCGUAAACACCAUACUGAACAAGAGAUAAUCAAAGCAAAGUGCAAGAAAAAUUAGUUAAUUUUUGUGCUUAAGAAAAUUAAAAGUUUCGAUUUGUUCAAUUCGUCGAAAAGGGGAAAAAACAGUUUCUGUGGUGAUAAAAAUAAAGUUGAAAGAAACCAAAAAAAAAAUAUUUGUCGGCUGAUAAUAAUAAUGAACUUUAAAAUUGAACUUAUGCAUAUCAAAGUAACUUACUCGAAAAGUUAUAUGUGUAGUGUCACAUAGUAACUUCAAUCAAAAUCAAAUUAUUAUUUAAUUGCCGGAGUUUUUAUAUUUUUUAAUUUUUACUUUUAGUUUCAUUUAAUUUUUGUGAUCUUAAAUUCGAAUAUUAUCUCAUUACGCAUCCAGCUAAGAAAUUCGUGUUCUUUUUUUUUCACAUUAAACCGCGACGUAUAGUGCUUAUUCUUACAAUUCUGAAAACGUGCACGACAAUACAUACACGGUGUGCGAUUAGCAUUUAAAAUAAGCCCGAAAUAAACUGUGAUAAAUUGGUUAAAAGCCGACAUCAUAAAGUCCAAUAAACAAAAAUAAAAUAAAAAACAAUUCUUUCCCGUAAAUUCCACAUCAAGAUCGUAGUAACUUUUAACUUAAAGUGUUCUUAAAUCGGGCUUCGAAUGCAUCCGAGAAUGUCGUAAGAAAUGUUUUGGCAUAAAAGUGUUCGAAAAAAGUAAAACAAAAAUUUUCCGGUUUUUGGAAAGUGCACAAUCAAAUUUGUAUCUGUGAUUUUUUUAAGCUAAUUUUCUUUGUUUUGUAAGUUAUAUCUCUGUGUUUCAAAUAUUCUAAACGGUUAACAUUUUCAACGUUCCUGCCGAAAAUAAAAAUAAAUAAAAAAAAAAACAAAUUUUCAACAAUGGUUGCACGUGAUGAAAAUAGAAAUCGAAAUGGUCAUGUUCUCGUUUGGGAACAGACCGAUCUGGCUAAGGAGGAUAGGAAUAUCAAACCAAACAAAUGGUGGGGCACACGUCAUUUCGUAACUUUUAUGCUGUUCCUGGGCAUGGCAAAUGCUUACGUAAUGCGAACAAAUAUGUCUGUAGCUAUUGUUGCAAUGGUUAAUCACACCUACAUCGAUGAGAACAGUCAUGGUGAAGUUGUCGACAAUGAAUGUCCGGAGGUUAACUACACCGUAGUGCAUCAUGAACAGGAUGGUGAAUUUAAAUGGGGUUCCAGCUUACAAGGUUACAUCCUCUCAUCAUUCUUCUAUGGCUAUGUUAUAACACAAAUUCCAUUCGGUUUAAUGUCGAAACGUUAUGGUGCGCUUAGGUUUCUCGGCUAUGGCAUGCUGAUAAAUUCAGUGUUUGCAUUCUUGGUGCCAGUAGCUGCCCGCGAAGGUGGUGUAGUCUGGCUGUGCAUUGUCCGUUUCAUUCAAGGCCUGGGCGAAGGGCCCAUUGUACCGUGUACACAUGCAAUGCUUGCCAAAUGGAUACCGCCAACCGAACGAUCUCGUAUGGGAGCAUUCGUAUAUGCCGGUGCUCAAUUUGGUACAAUUGUUUCAAUGCCGUUGUCUGGUCUCUUGGCUGAGUAUGGUUUCGAUGGCGGCUGGCCCUCGAUUUUCUAUGUAUUUGGUGUAGUUGGUGUUUUGUGGUCGGUUGCAUUCAUUUGGCUCGUGCAUGAGGAUCCAUCGUCUCAUCCAAAGAUGGAUGAAAAGGAGAAAAAAUACAUUUUGAGCUCACUAUGGGGAACAGCUAACGUUACUUCACCUCCAGUGCCAUUUAAGGCAAUUUUGACGUCACUUCCAUUUUAUGCAAUUUUAUUGGCGCAUAUGGGUCAAAAUUAUGGCUACGAAACACUGAUGACAGAAUUGCCGACAUAUAUGAAGCAAGUGCUACGAUUUUCUUUGAAAGAGAAUGGUGUAUUGUCUGCCCUGCCAUACUUGGCCAUGUGGAUAUUUUCCAUUGCCAUUUCAUUUAUUGCCGACUGGAUGAUUUAUUCGAAUAAGUUUACUCAUACGUCAACCAGGAAGAUUGUUAACAGUAUUGGUCAAUAUGGUCCAGCGGUUUGCCUUAUCAUUGCUUCGUACACCGGCUGCAAUCGUGUCCUGACUGUACUCAUUCUAACAAUUGGUAUGGGUCUCAAUGGCGGUAUCUAUUCCGGAUUCAAAAUCAACCAUUUGGAUAUAACGCCACGAUUCGCUGGUAUUCUGAUGUCAUUUACAAACUGUACGGCCAAUUUAGCUGGUCUUUUGGCUCCCAUUGCUGCAGGAAACUUGAUUGAAGGAAAUCCAUCGAUGGCCCAAUGGCAAAUUGUUUUCUUCAUUGCUGCCGGCGUGUACAUAUUCUGUGCAACAUUCUACAACAUUUUCGGUACGGGUGUGAGACAACCGUGGGACAAUCCAUUAAAUGAUGCACCCGAACCGUUGCAUGCGAAUGACGUACGAAACGGUAAUGGAACGGCGACGCACGAAACGCGACAAUAAUUUAAUUGUUUUAUUAUAAUAGAUGAUCAUGUUGUUGUUGUUCUUGAUAUGCCUCUGUUUUGUUUCAAAUUUUUUUUUUAAAUCAUUUUUAACACAAAACUAAAAAUAAUUUUUUUUUUGGUAAAUUUAUUUGGAAGAAAAUUACAGAAAUUAAUUUGUAAUUGUUAAUUACGUGGUAUGUUUGUGAAUAAAAGAAAAAGAGAAACAAAGUUAAUCGAUAAGAUAAUUAAGAAAUGAGAACAAUGUUAAAGUGCGAUGAUUUAUGAGAAAUGGAAUUGAAAGAGAGAAAAAUGUGAACAGAAAGAAAAUUGAAAAUUAUUUAAAAGCAGAAAAGAAAAAUGGAAAAAAUAGUGAGAUAUCCUAGAUCCGUAAGGUAUAACUAAAUAAUUUAAGAGUAAAUUUUUCAAAUUGAAUGAUUUCUUUUUUAUAAUUUCCGUGUGCUUAUCGAAUUGUUUGAUUUUAAUAAUUUAUAAAAAGUGAAAACAUAAUUUGUAGUUUAAUUACUGAGAUAUGAAAAAUUGUGGCGAGUCUACGAAUAAAAACGUUAAAUUGUUUAUUAUAUAAAAGUGAAAAAAACAUAAAACUGAAAAGGAUUUUUUCGUUAAAAUAGGAGUGAUUUUUACUCAAAAAGAAAUAUUUUUAUAAAAUAAUUUAGAGCAAUGCGUAUACUGUGCUGCUAAGUCUACAUUCGUGCGUUGAGAAAAACUAUAACCGGAGAUUUAUGACAGAUAUUUUCUGCAAAGGAAAUUCUGUGUACUAACAGGAAACAAUUUCUCUUCGAAAAUAUGUUUUGAAUGCAAUAGUGAACACUCAUAAGCUUUAGAAUCAGUGAACAGUUUUGACAACUUCAGGAAUAAGCAACAAGCUCUGACUAAUGCGGUCUCAUAUACCGCAAAAAUUAUGUUCGAAGAAAUGAAGUUAAAGAUUUGAAAUCAGUAUUGUGGAAAUACUUAGAUCAAAUUGAAGUAAUAGAUCCGAUAGUGAAACUGUUGAUCUGUUAAAGGUUUUCUUUUUGCACACCGUCGCAACCGUUUCGUAUAGCACCACUUUCCGAAGCAACUCUUUCUACAUAAAUAUUUUUGUAUUUUUUCCUCGAAGGCUUGAGUUACAACAUCUUGAGAAUUAUUUUUACUUGCGAUGUUUUAUCAAGCGUUAUGAGCGCUCGAUUGGAACAAAGUUUUAGAUUUAUAAAUUUACGACAUCUGUGAAUCUUCACGAAGUAGUGAUACUGGAGAGUCACUAAUGCUCUAGUUAUAAAUGUUCAAGUUAUGAUGUUGUGAAUUCAUCUACGGAUUCCCGCUCUAUUCUACAUAGCUAUUGAUCUCACAGGAUAAAAUGGAAAAUUAAACUCGAGAAAAACAUUCAAUUUACCGACAUUUUCUCAUGGCAUUGGUUUAAUUCAACGCCAGAAUGUAGACUACAUUACAACAAAGUACGUUUGUGCUUGCUGUUUCCACAAGUUGAACCCACUAUACCAAUAAUAUUUUCAUAAAAUUAAUUUUUAAUUCAGUUAUCGUCCAGCCAGUUUUAGUGUCAUAGAUAAUGGAUAACCCCAUGAAUAGUCUGUUCCUUAUUGUGAGUUAAAAAUUUUCAAAUGGGGAAAUAAUGUCAAGGAACAGAAGUGCAAAAUGUAAUAAAAUCGCUCGUUGAUAUCAAUUAAAUUGAUAUGGACAUUUUUCAAGGUGAACAUAGAAAUAUUCAUCAAAUUUUUCGUUGGGACGGUGAAUGUUUAUAAAGAAAGUGAAGGUGACGAAUUGUAACUUCCAUCAUUGACUGCGAUUUCAUUUCAUGUUAGAUAAUAACAUUACACAUAAACGAAUGCAUUAGAUUGAAUGGAAUGAAUUGGAUUAGCAUCGCCUUCGAUGACGAAAGUUAUAAUGUUUGAGAUUUGUUCAUCCGAAAAAUGACGCACAGUUCGAAGAGGAUAUCAAUAAAAAUUGAAAAUAAUUUUUUCUUUAUUCUAUAGACAUCAGCAGUAGUUUUACAGUUUAUUUUGCUUUUGUGAUAAGUUAUCUCUUUAAGUUUUUUUCCUUCUUUUUAAGUUUUAUUUGACAGAAAAUCGUUUCUAUCGCUUGAAUAGUUCGAUUGAAAAACCAAGAAUCGCUGCACAUAUCUGUUUUCGUUUUAGUGGAAAAAAAAUUUUCUUUUUGUAUCUGUACAUAAAAUACCAUUUUUUGUUAGAAAAGAAAAAUAAAACAAAACAAAGUUACACCAU